CAUCGAAUUGCCUCGAGGCAACCUUUAGAAUGGCAAAUUUUGUUCAUUACACUCGUGGCGGUCGAUGGUGAACGCCUGUAAUGACAGUCUCGACGGCCCCUGCUCUCCUUCUUGGUAUAGGUGCUCGCAUUCUGCUGGAUCAAUUCACGCGCUCGAAUGAGCCAUCGUUGCAGGCCUCUUUUUUGGUGGGAGUUUGGCAGGGCGUUGCACUUUGGUACGCCUACAAGCAGCACAACCUCGGCAUUCCGGUCGCUUUCGGCAUUGCUGCAAAGGUCUAUGUCGAAUUUUCGUUCACCCAGGAUGCUACGAAGCCCAUCGUUACCCUCGCCGGUGUCGCUCUUGGAGUCAUCUGCACAGAAUUCUUGGCAGGAGUCUUUGACAAGCCAAAGGAAAAACGUAGCAAGAAAACUCAUUCUACACUUGCUAAUGGCCACACGACCCAGGACCGUGACCGGGAGCGUACUUCACGUCACCGUCGCAGAACCACCGAACGAGAACCUCAACGCCAUCAUACAUCCAGACAUACCACGUCCGACAUUACUUCAGUUGAUUCGAAUUCAGAAAUGAUCGGUCCCAGAGGCUCAAUGAGUCCGUUGGAUCGCGAAGUGGUGGCGUUACGCACUCGAGCUUCUCUGGCUGACAGUGAACGCCGCCGUUUUAAGGAGGAAAAGAAAUGGGCCAUUGAGCAGGGUAACACUGCUCUUGCGUCACAGCUCAGCUGGCAAAUAAAGCGUUAUUCUACGCUUAUGAAGAGUUUUCAUCGCGAGGCUGAUACGAAGAUAAUAGAGGCGUCUCUGACCCGUGCUCGUUUGCAAACGAUAGACGAACAAGAACCCCAUGUCUCGACAUCCGAAAGGCUUCCGCGUCGGGAAAGUGGAAAACCAGAGCCGCCCAUUGUCAGUGUUGACAUAGCACAAUCGAAAUCCGGUAUUCGUGUGAAUGUGCGAUGAUAGCUCUCAAGAUCACAGUAUCUGUGGCGGACUUUACAUCAGAGCAAGUCACUGUAUGGGCUUUUGUACAAUUUAGCCCCGAUCCUUUACCAACCGUCCGACUCAACUCCCGAGUCCUCGUCAUUCUUCAUGACACGAGAGGUGGUUUCCGGGGAACCAGAAAUUCUACAAUGGAUAGUACAAGGAUGCAGGAGGACAGCGCAGGGAAUAUAUAUGAUAGGUGUAGGGUGGAUCGAAGAGACGAAAGAGGGUAACAUACAGACAUGACGUUAUCGAUGAGAUUUACCAUUAGUCCUAGAGGCGCUGGAGCCAUUCACUUUCGAUACAGUAUUACUUGUUCGAGGCUUCUUGGAAGAACUUGAUUCUGACCCCGCUCUAGGCGCACCCUCCUUCAUGACCAUCUUCGCAUGUAUUUCUUCCAAUUUCGACGCCUUGACUUUCUUGGGCC